AUGGUUUCGCAUCAGGAUAUGAAGAAGCACCGCGAGCCCGAGUGUACGGGCAUCACGCAGGACAAGAAAUACUUUGAUGUCGGGUCGUCGUUCGUCAAGCGCACCUUGCGCCGGCACGAAUGGAUGGAAAAUACGAUUGGCUGGAAGCCUCCAGCCAACUUGCCGCAGCGAUGGACGACCGACGGCGCGGUCCUGCAGUAUCUGCGGGAGCAUGCCCCCUCGAUUCCCAUCCCUCGCUUCCGGCACACCAUGGAGGACGACGGGGCCUUUUACUUUUGCACCGAGUUUGUCCCGGGCAUCAGCAUGGUGCACCUCACGCCCGAGCAAAAGGACGUCGUCACAAAGGAGCUGAUGGUGCACUUGGCCACGCUCAAGUCGCUCCGCUCGGACGCACCGGGCGUGCCCAGCCAGACUCUCCUCUGUCCGCCGCUGCGCAUGCACCGUGACUUUUGGAAAACUCACACCUGCUGGCGGCCCAAGACGGACCUCCCCAAGGGCGACUACGUCUUCUGCCACAACGAUCUGAGCCAGUACAACGUUCUGGUCGAUCCCGAGACGCUCAAAAUCAACGCCAUCGUCGACUGGGAAUAUGCCGGGUUCUGGCCAGAGUGGUUCGAGCGACCGUACUGGACGCGCGAGGGACCCGGCGCGCCGCUGGAGGGUGAGUUGGAUGACAUAGAUCAGGGUCGCGAGUGGCUGCGGGAGUACUGCGACGAGGUAGAAAUGCCGCACCUGCUCACACUUUUAGAGAAGGUGGACAGAGCUAAGGAGGAAUAG